GGUGAGAAAGAAGUGCAUCUUCUUUUACCAACGAUAGAAGUUCUGACCUUCGAAUUUUAUAGUUUUGAGAACUUACACUCUUAAUGUUAUAGAGGAGGAAGGCAGUUAGGGCAGACGAGGGGAACGAGAGGCGGAAUCGGACCAGGGGCUGGAGACGCGAACGGAGAACGACGACGCAGCAGAGCAACCGACGACGACUUUUUCUUCAACCAGAACUGCCGGAGGUGGGCUGGCUUCUUCGAUUAGCAUCUGGACACAGAGCAGGGCCGGUGGUUGGCCUUAAUCGUCGAUCGGCUAGCAGCGAGGCAUGGAGGUCCGAUUCCGAACUUAGUGAUUCCGGACGGGUUGUUGUCGUGUCCGGUUCAGUUCCUGUGCCAUGAAAACUCGAACAGUUUGUCGUACAGCAUGAUUCCCUCGUGGCCGCUCAAGCUCACCAUUCUCAAAUUAGACGGAUCUUUUUUAGAGAUUGAAGUGCCUGGGAAUGGGAUGGUGGCGGCUCUGAAGAAGGCAGUGGAGGCCGCUUUUAGUCAUUUACCUUGCAAGGUAUCAUGGUAUGUAUACAAGGGUCUCAAUAAGCAUUGUGUUAGCAGGUCAUUUACCAUGAAUUUGAUUGGUUACUGGCAUUGUGUUACUAGCUCAAUUAGGGAUGAUUGUCUAUCCCUUUUGGUUAAAUUACUUGAAUUUGUUAAGUUAAGGUUGAAUAUUGCUAACAUCAAUUAGGGCAAAUUGUCUACCCCUAUUGGUAAAAUUUCUUGAAUUUGAUUUGGUUAAUGACUGGAUUUGCUUACAUCGAUUACGACACAUUGUUUAUCCAUAUUGGUGAGAUUGCUUAGAUUUGAUUUUGUUAAUGACUGGACAUUGCUUACAUUGAUCACAGCCCAUCAUCCCAUUUGGUGAACUUUCUUGAAUGCGAUUGUUCCUUGGUAGAAUAAUGUUAACAUUGUUUAGGAGACAUUGUUUAUCCAUGUUGGUGAAAUUUUCUUAAUUUCAUUGGUGAUGGGAGUGGUAAUAAGUAGUAACAUGUGUUAGGGGUUUAUGGCACUUUAAUAAGAGAGUUACGGAGUAUUUGAUUCUUGGCCCCUAAGUUCUUCCAUACAUUCAUUCCACUAUAUUUCUGUAUUAGAAAUCUAAGUUCAAACUUUAAAGCAAUGUUUAAAGUUAUGCCACCUAGCAUGAGUGUAAGGUAAAUUUGGUGCAAAAUUUGUGAUUACGUUAUCAUGUGCUUAUAAUUUUUUUUGCAUAGAGUUCAACGGCUAAUCAAUCUGAAAUCGAUGAUCUUACAAUUGAUGGUAAUACAACCACUGAGAAAAGUCAUGAUGAAGAUCGAUGAAAUAAAGAUGAUGAAGCUAAGAGCGAUGAACUUGAAGAUGUAGACAAUGACGAGCAUUACAACUUUGGACUAUAUCUUCCAUAUCAAUGUGUAUUUUAAUUUAGUUCACUUUGACUAUUAAUACUUUAGCUUGAAACGUACGCAAAUGAUGAACUAAUUUUGAGAUGUUGGUUUACUUUCUGGUAAAUGGGUUAGAUGUAAUCUUUUGAAAUGUUAUCAUAUUGUGUAUUGUUGUUAAUACAAGUAUAAGUAUUAU